GUAACUCUAGUCAGUUAUCAUAACAAACAAAAUCAUGCUUUACUGGAGCACAGGAGUUGUAGUAAAAAAGUAGAUUUUCUGUGUGUAUUUUGUCAAAAAACACACUGUCCUCUUGAAGAUUCUAUGAAAAAAGAGUCACAGCUUUCAUAAAACCCAGUCUUCUACAAGUGAAUUUAUUGGUGAUUCACAGAAUCAGUUUCAAGAUCGAAAUGUAUAUUGCUGCAACAAAACGUAAACACGACUGGCAGGAUUUUACUCUCAUUUUGCCGACCGUGUCUGUUGGCAAUGUGGGCCAGCUGGCUGCUGACCUUAUCAUUUCUACUCUGUGGAUGGAGAGAGUUGGUUACAUCCACCACCCAAGUCUGCUCCCUGUGGCUGGGAACAAUCCAUUCGCUCACGAGGAUGCCACCUCAUGCAAACUGGCCACAUGCUGUGAAGUAUACGAGAGUAUCUCUGCCCAGGUGGUCGUGAUACAGCAGAGAGCACCAUUUAUCAAGGGCAAGCGGAAAGAGUUUGCGGACUGGUUGUCCAAAUGGGUUAAGGACAAACACUUCUACAGAGUGAUCAUCCUCACCAGCACAUUUGCUCAGGAGCGGUUAGAUUAUCAGAUGACAGGGUCCCCGUUUCGCAUCCUCCAAUCUCCGAGCAUGGAGGAGCAAAGUGGUGAGUUCUUCAGGACCAAAAUGGGGUGGAAGGAACUGGAGCGACGUCAUUCUUUUCCUGCACCCACGCCUCAACAAGUGGCCGCAGAGGAAACUGGUCAUCAGCUUCUCUACAUGCCAGGCUCCGGUAUUGCCAAGACGCUCUAUGAGAAUUGUCAAGAGCAGCCUCUCCUAGUCUUCAUGAUGUUUGUCUCAGAGGGCGACAACGCUCAGGACGCCUUGGCUGUGGCCGAUCAGCUCAACGCUUGGCUCAGUCUCAUUGAAAAGAAGGACAAACAAAGCAAAGAUCUGGAAUCUCAAAACUUUGCUAAAGGAAUUGUGGAGUGGAAGGUGCCAAUGUCAUGGAGACUUGUAUUCGGCAGUCGCUUUGAUCAAAAACUCUUUCAGUAAUGAACCAAUAUUUCAUGUUGUAAAUUGUUUUUGUGAUUGACAUUGACGAGGCUGUAAACCUCUUCUUGCACUUUGUGUAGUGUUUUCAUGAACAGUUUUAAGUUGAAUGAUGCACUGAAAUCAGUUCUUUAUGUCUGGAAGCUGUCAAUGAUGAAUACAGACAACUGCUUGUUGAGUGGAUGCAUGAGUGCUACCGUUGACAAUGGAUUGUACAUAUAUUUUUUAAUAAAAUCACCACUUGCCACUCCUUA